AUGGGCCGCACCGCCCUCGUUCGUCUCGCACAAAAGUCAGGCCCGACAGUCAACGUCACGUAUAGCGAAUAUGUCGGAGAAGAACUUGGCAACGGCGUCAGUCAAUGGCUUGGACUCCGGUACGCGGCACCGCCUGUUGGUGCCCUGAGAUUCGCGCCUCCGCAAGAUCCGCUAUCUAACUCUGAGCCUCAAGCGGCAAAUAAGCAUGGAAACUGGUGUGUCCGAAGGCCGGGUAAUUCUCUGACAUCGGAGGAUUGCCUGUUUUUGGACGUCUAUGCACCGACAAAAGCAACCACAAAGUCCAAGCUCCCAGUCUUUGUCUUCAUCCAGGGCGGAGGUUUUAACGACAAUGCUAACCCAAACCUCAACGGAACUGGGCUCGUAAAGGCGAGUUCAAACAGCAUCAUCGUCGUUACACUCAACUACCGUGUAGGACCAUACGGGUUUCUCACCAACGGAGAGCAAGUUGUUGCCAACAACGGGCUUCGAGACCAGCGCAAGGCUCUGGAAUGGGUGCAAAAGUACAUCAGCCAAUUUGGAGGUAACCCUGACCAUGUCGUCCUUGGAGGAGCCUCAGCUGGUGCGGCCAGCGUCGCUUACCACAUGAUGGCCGACAAGGACGGCAACAGAAAGCUGUUCCACGCAGCAGCUGCCGAAUCAGUCUCCUUCGGCACCGUCCUCACCGUCCAACAAGCCCAAUACCAGUAUGACAACCUGAUGAUCCGCCUCGGCUGUGCCAGAAGCGACGCCACUGCCAGUCUGGCCUGUCUGCGGUCCAAGACUCAAAAAGAAAUUGCCGACAGGGACGGGGACAUUCCGUACCCUGGCUCGUCCAACGGACCCAUCUACAUGUGGUCCCCCGUCAUCGAUGGCGACUUCGUGACAGACUACCCGUACUCCGCCUUCCGCAACGGCAACUUCAUCAAGAACAUCCCCGUUAUCUUCGGCGACGACACCAACGGCGGCAGCAGCUUCGCCCCCGACCGCAUCAGCUCCCUCGGCGACAGCAACCAGUUCAUCAAGGACCAGUUCCCUGCCAUCACCCUGAGCCAGCUCGAUACCCUGAACAUGCUCUACCCUAACCCGAACGCUUCGAUCUGUCCUAGAAUGGGCUGCUGGCGUGGACAGGCGGGAAGCGUCUACGGCGAGAUGAGAUACAUGUGUCCUGGGCUGUACCUGAACGAUGCGUUUGACAACUACAACGAUCAAUACUCCAAGGGCACAAGCUCAUGGGCGUAUCGGUGGAACGUGGAGGACCGGGAUCAGGUGGCCAGCGGGCUGGGAGUGCCGCAUGUUGUCGAGCUCAAUGCCCUUUUUGGACCGACAAACAUGUGGUAUACUGGCCAGGUGCCCCAGAGUUAUUUUCUUGGUGGAACAAACGCGGCGGCGGUGCAGGUAAUGCAGGGCUAUUGGGUCAGUUUCAUCAGGACAUUUGAUCCGAAUACGUUGAGGUGUUGUGGGGGCGUGGAGUGGAAGGCCUGGAAGAGCGGUGAUGAAGCGAGUGCACAGCAUCAGAGGUUGUUGUUUGGGACGGGCGGGAAGACGACGAUGGAGGUGAUUCCAUUUGAUGAGGGGCUGGGGCUGAGGUGUAAGUAUUUGCAGGCUAUCGGGAGGAGCCUGCUGCAGUGA